AUGGAUCUGUUGCGCACGUUCGCUAGCGAAUCCUCGAUCCACGGGCUGGCCCACCUGGUGCGAAGCCCACACUGGCUAGAGAAAGCCUUCUGGCUGACGGUGCUGGCCUGCUCGGUCGUCUGCUCGGUCAGCAUCUGCAACAUGCACUGGGAGCGGUUCCAGAACAAUGCCACCGUGCUGAACGUCGAGACGGACUAUCUGAGCUGGAACUUUCGGCCACCGGCCGCCACCGUGUGUUCCGAGCACGUGAGCGAGGAAAAGCUUAACCAACUGAUCGAACGAUACUGGCAGAUGGACAGCAAUCACAGUGCCUACGACCACUAUCGCAAUUUCCUGCUGACAGUUAAUCGGGCACGAUUUGACAACCUGACCUUGUUUGAACCAUUCGUGAACGAUAGCAGGUUGCAGUCGGUUUCGGUAAUUGAUUUGGCCCGGGAGCUAAAGUCCCCGCUGACGCCACCGUGGAAAACGUUUGCACCCGUGCUGACGGAGGUAGGCGUUUGCUACUCUUCCACCAUGCUGUACGCCUUCCAGAGUCCGUACAGCGAUCGAUCACAGGCUAAUUACACGAAGGCACGGCCGGCCGAUUGUUACACGCUGGACGUCUGUCGUACGAUGGUAGCGAUGAGUCAUGUCGAUUCGGUUCGCACCUAUGUGUAUAUCCACAUCGAGCAGGACGUCAUGACACCAGACAACUCCAUCUACUACGCGCUGGAUCAGCACGACAUCAUCAGCUCGUCACUGUCCGUCGAACAGGUGGUUGCCUCGAAAGCGCUCAAGCAGUUAUCCCGCCGUAGGCGCAAAUGUCGACUGCCAUCCGAGAGACUGCCUUACUUUAGCGUAUACACGAUUAAUUUGUGUCGGAUAAAUUGCCGAAUCGAGGCCGCCCUUCACCUUUGCGAGUGUGUCCCUUUCUUCUAUAAUAUUGGUAAACCGUCCUGCACGCCAGCCGGACUGUACUGCCUGGGGAAACAGUUUAAGGCGUGGUACAAAACGAACUGCACCUGUCAGCCCCUAUGCGAGUCCGUCUCCUUCAAACAGGCGUUGGUGAAGAAAACGGUGCUGGGGCAAGCGAACAGUAAGCUGGAAACGCAAAUUAUCUACCCACGGAUGCGAAUGAAGCGUGACGUACUGUUCGACAUCAGCAACUUAAUCGUCUCGUUGGGCGGCGGUGCAGCACUCUUCCUGGGAUGCAGCUUUAUCAGCUUCGUGGAGGUUAUAUUUUUCGUGCUGGAGUACAUCACCCAAAAGGUUUACCGUCGCUAUCACCGUAACCGGGAAGGAAUUCAACCAUAAUUUUUCAAUUUAAUGGAUCAUUUUGGAAGCUUCGUUAGGGUUUGUUUUACUGCAAGCAUAAUGCAGUGGCUAAGGCGGUGUUGUAAGCAACCCAAAUGAUUCCCUUUGGGGCGUGAAUGUUACGUGAGGUAUGUUUUAAUCGAUUC